AUGUUGGCCACCUCUUUCCUCUCCCUUGCCAGCGCCACCGGCGCCAUGGCCGCCGCCAUCCACACUCGCAAUCAAUUCGAUGCGUCUGCGUAUGCCGCCGACGACAUCAUCGAGCGAGACUUCGCCAUCAUCGGCGGCGGCGCCGCAGGAACCUAUGCCGCCGUCAGUCUGGCUGACCAAAACCACACGUUCACCCUGGUCGAAAUCUCCGACCGACUCGGCGGCCACACUCGGACCUUCCACGACCCAGCCACAGGCGCCUCCGUCGACUUUGGCGUGCAAAUCCACCUCGACGUCCCCAUCGUCCAGGACUUCUUCACCCGGCUCAACUCCUCCCUCGCCGCCGUGGAACUCUCCAGCUUCGGCACCCCCAAAUACUACGACUUCACCAAACAAGUCGCCCUCCCCAACCACACCGCCGGCACCAUGCAAUCCGACUACGUGACCCUCCUCAACAAAUACCCCUACGUCGACGACCUCGUCAACCUCCCUGACUCCGUCCCCUCCGACCUCCUCCUCGCCUGGCCCGAGUUCGCCCAAAAACACAACCUCUCCCAGGGCUCCACCGAAGCCGGUCUCGCCUGGCCCGCCACCCCCGGCGAUCCUCUCUCCACCACCGCCCUCGCCAUCCUCAACGACGGCAACCACAUCGAACUCGCCGAAGACGAAGGCGGCGCCGUCCACAACGCCAACAACGACAACUCCCAAAUCUACACCAACGCCCUGGCCGAAUUCCAACCCCACAUCCUCCUCAACUCCUCCAUCGUCGCCGCCCAACGCGGCCUGAACCGCUCCUCCGGCGUCCAACUCGUCGCCUCCACCCCGGAGGGCAAAAAACUCAUCAAAGCCAAACAACUCAUCCUCGCCAUGCCCCCUGUCCUCGAUAACACCAAAUCCUUCAACCUCGACACAACCGAGAAUUCCAUCCUCGGUAAACUCUCCGGAAAAUACUACUACGGCGGCGUGGUCAACAACACCGGUCUCGAAGAGGGGAUUGCGUACACCAACGUCGGGGUAGAUAGACCUUACAAUGCUGCCAGUCUGCCUGGCGUCGUGGAGAUCGCUCCCUCCGCUUACUCCGGGUACCAGUUCUACUGGUAUAACACGGAGGUUGCCACCACUCAGGAGGAAGUCCAGGCCGCGGCUAAGAGCACCAUCCAGUGGCUGCAGACACAGAAUAACGUGACGACCUCGGAGCCGAACUUUCUCGAUUAUCAGGAUUUCUCCCCUUUCCAUUUGAGUCCUCCCAACGAGGACGUCGAGGACGGGUGGUACACUAAGAUGAAGGGACUCCAGGGUCAUAGGAACACGUGGUAUAUCAGUUCGUUGUUCGUUGUGGGAUCCACUCAGGUCUGGAAUAGUACUAAUAUCCUCCUUCCGGAUAUUAUUAGCGCGGCGCAGGCUUAA